AGUGAGCAAGCAUUUUUACGUGACUUGAAGUUUCUUAUGUGAUAUGGCAGAUAUUGAUCUGGCAUGGAAUUAUUUUAAGAAUUUUUUCUUUAGCAUUUUUUCUUUAGCUCUGAUUAAUAAGCAUGCAGCCCUAAGAAGAUUUAGAGUUCGUGGUAAAGACAAUCCAUGGUUUAAUACAUCUGUUUUUCUUCUUCCAACAGAGAAAGAAAUAUUGCAUGGACCAAGGCUAAAAGAACUAAUAACGCUGUUGAUUAGGAACAAUAUAGGGCACUAAGGAAUAAAUGUACUAAAAUGAUGAAAAAUGCAAAAAGUGAGUAUUAUCUUAGUAUGAUAAAUACAAAUUUUAGUAAAUUUUGGAAGCUGAUAAAAUCAUCAACUGGGUCUAUGUUGGGCCCAGCAGCUCCCGCUUUACUAAAGGUAAAUAAUGAAGAAAUUAAGGAUAAACAUAAUAUAGCAGAGACUUUUAAUAUGCAUUUUACUAAUAUAAGUUCAAUCACUUAAUCUGGUUUCUCUGUAGAUGCAGAUGGUAAAGAUAAUAUGGCCAUCCCUUCUAGUUCUAAAAUAAAUGUUUUUAAUUUUAUACCUAUUUCCCUGUUUCAGGUUCAUAAAGCCUUGUUAAGUCUUGAUUGUAAAAAGUCUGCUGGACCUGAUCAAAUAGAGCCUUACUUUUUAAAAAUAUCUGCAAUGAGACCUAUUGCUUCUAUUUUUAAUUUAAGCUUAAAUAGUGGUAUAAUACCAAGUUCUUGGAAGUCAGCAAUUAUUCGGCCUAAUUGCAGUUUCGAACAGUUUCAAUUCUGUUUUAGCUUAAAACAUUCCCAGCAUUACUCUUAUAAUUGCGUUUUUACUAGUAACAAUUCAAUUAGAGAGCUCUGUAACUGAAUUAAAGAGCUCUGCAAUUGCAUCCUUACUAGUAACAAUUCGGUUAGACAGCCCUCUAAUUCAAAUUUUACUAGUAAGAAUCAACGUUAGAGAGCUCUUUAAUGCAAUUCUUACUAGUAACAACUGAAUAAGAGAGCUCUUUAAUUCAAUUAGCUCUCUAAUUCAGUUUUUACUAGUAAGAAUUACAAAUAGAGAGCUCUCUAAUUCAAUUGUUACUAGUAAGAACUGAUUUAUAGAGCUCUUUAAUUCAAUUACAGAGUUCUGCAAUUAAACAUAUUUAAUGUGUUUUUUACUAGUAAAAAUUGAAUUAUAGAGCUCUGUAAUUGCAUUUUUACUAGUAAGAAUUAAAUUAGAUAGCUCUCUAAAUGGAAUUAUUACUAGUAAAAAUUAAUUUAGAGAGCUCUCUAAUUGAAAUUGUCAAAAUUCUGUUGUAGAGCUCUGUAAUUAAAAUGAAUGGAAGUCAAUGGAGACAUGACUAGUAAAAUUCAUUUGUAGAGCUCUGUAAUUGGAAUUCUUACUAGUAAUAAUUUAAGUGUAGAGCUCUAUAAUUUAAUUGUUACUAGUAAAAAUGCAAUUAUGAUGAGUAACGCUGGGAGUAUUUUAAGCUAAAACAGCUUGCCAAAUGCUUGUGUCUAUGUGUGUCUGCUACAGAAUUCAAAUGACAGACAUCCAUUUUCUUGUUUAGAUGUAUUCAGCUUUCGGGGCAGCCAGCAACCACAACGUUCCACUCACUUCUAUAUUAACAGAAGAGCAAAGAGAACAGCUUUGUGACCUGCUGGGGAAUGUAAAACUAAAGUUUCAAAAGUUAAUGGAUAUAAAGCUUCUGACUUCCACCAGAGAUGUGACCAUCAGGGUCCCACUUUAAUUGUAGCCUACAACCUUUCAGGCUACAUCUUUGGUGGAUACACUUGUGUAGAUUAUUCUCAAAGUAUGCAGAAUAUCACAGAUGAGAAGGCUUUCCUGUUCAGCUUUCAUGGUGGAGUUCCUCUCUGCACUGAUGUUAACAGUAGACAUUAUGCACUCUAUGAUGAUGCUAGAGAGCCCAACUUUGGCCAACAGUUGUACUUUUGCUACAACAAUCAGCCACGUGUGUACAAUCUAGGAGCAAAUGCAUUUAUUAGCGGAUUGAGUAAUGCAUUCAGUUUUAGUGCUGUCAAACUAUAUGGGGAUGACACUCAGCUGAGUGAAUGUGAGGUGUACAACGUGGAAGAGAGAAGUACUCUGUCAGAGCCUCAGGUCAGUGCAGAGAAGCCGUGGAGGAAUGUUCUGUGGACAGCUGAACGAAGAGCAGAGCUCAUGGAAAUGAUCAGGAAUUAUAAACCCCUGAUGACAUCUGUGAGUCGUGUCCGAAUCCUAAUGAUCGGUCCUGUAGGUGCUGGAAAAUCCAGUUUCUUCAACUCCAUCAACUCCACCUUCUUCUUGAUACAGCAGAUGCUCAACUUCGCAGACGACUAUCUGGAUGAUGCUGGUCAAAUGGAGGACAGUUAA